CAGUCCUGUUAUCAACACUUUCUCCUCAACUUGUUAACUAUAGUCUCUCGGUUCUCCACGCGCCACGAUGACAUUAUGGCAUUUACUGUUAAACUGGGCAUCGACACUACUGCUGUUGAUGUUGUCUUUGUUGUUCGUGGCGUUUCUCGGAUUCUGUGCGUACAUUAAAUACAAGCAUAUGAAGUAUGACCACAUCCCUGGACCACCGAGGGACAGUUUUUUCUUUGGACAUUCACCAACAUUUUUGAAGAUAAUGAAAGGUGAUGGAAUAGUGCACGAGAAAUUCCUUGAGUGGUCUGAGACUUAUGGGCCCGUGUACAGGAUUAAUCUUCUACAUUACGUUUUACUAGGCAUUUCCUGUCCAGAUGCAACCAAGGAAAUCUUAAUGUCCUCAAAGUACACCAAAGAUGAAUUUGUCGCCAACAGACUCUUUAACCUGUUUGGUCAAAGGUUCUUAGGUAAUGGUCUGUUAACAGCACGGGACCAUGAGCAGUGGUAUAAACAGCGGCGGAUCAUGGACCCAGCCUUCAGCAGCUUGUACCUGAGAGGUCUGAUGGGCACCUUCAAUGAGAGGGCUGAGAAACUGAUGGAAAAACUGUCAGAUGAAGCUGAUAAUAAAGGAAAUGUUAAGAUGCUCCCACUAGUCAACUGUGUUACCCUGGAUGUCAUCGCCAAGGUUGCGUUUGGUGUUGAUUUGGACCUGCUGAACACCUCUUCACCUUUCCCUAAAGCCAUCGAGACAUGUCUGAAAGGAAUGGUGUACUCUGUCCGAGAUGUGUUUUUUCAGUUCAAUCUAAAGAACAGACCGUUCAUUAAAGACGUGAGGGAGGCAUGCCAUCUGUUACGUAGAACUGGAGCUCAGUGGAUUCAUGACAGAAAGACCGCCAUCCAAAACGGAGAUGAUGUUCCCAAGGACAUCCUCACACAAAUCAUCAAAACAGCAGGAAAAGAAGAAAACAUGACUAAAGAAGAUGAAGAGUUUAUGCUGGACAACUUUGUGACAUUCUUCAUUGCUGGUCAGGAAACAACAGCUAAUCUAAUUGCUUUUUGCAUUAUGUCUCUGGGAAGACAUCCUGAUAUAUUGGAGAGAGUGAAGAAAGAGGUGGAUGAUGUCAUUGGAAUGAAAAAGGACCUUAGUUAUGACGAUCUGGGAAAACUGACCUACCUCACACAGGUGCUGAAAGAGACUCUGAGGAUUUACCCAACGGCUCCAGGUACAUCGCGAGAUAUAAUUAAAGACAUGAUCAUUAACGGUAUCCGCAUACCUGGAGGAUGUAUCGCUUUUUUUAGCUCCUAUGCAUCUGGAAGGAUGGACAAAUUCUUCAAGGACCCACUGACAUUUGACCCAGAGAGAUUUCACCCAGAUGCACCGAAGCCUUAUUACUGCUACUACCCCUUCGCCCUUGGUCCACGUGCAUGCCUGGGAAAAAACUUUGCUCAGAUGGAGGCUAAAGUGGUGAUGGCCAAACUGCUACAGAGGUUUGAUUUCACCCUCAUCCCAGGACAGACCUUUGACCUCGUGGACACUGGAACACUCAGGCCAAAGAGUGGAGUGUUGUGCUCUAUCAGACACAGGAAACACAGCCAGUAAAUGUUCAUACACCACCAUGCACUGAACCUCUAUAGGUUUAGAAAAAGAGUGUCUAAAAACAGGAUAGAAACACUAAAUGUGAGGAAAAAGGUCUUCAAAACAAGUGAAAUACCUUUCCAUGCAACAAGAUAAUUUCACUUGACAAGUUUUUCAGUUGAAUUAAGAUUGUUAAAUCUAGAAAUAAACAUGUCUACAGAUGUAUGAACACUUCAAAUAAGAAACUGACUCUUAAAACAUGAUAAAUGAGCUAACACUUCUAAAUCUAAGUUGUUUUUGUUUUUUUCUUCGUAAGAAUCAAAUAAUUUUCAGUGUACUGCUUUAGCCUACAAGCCUUUAGCCUUUACAUUUUAGGUAAAUGUUGAUGGGGUAUAACUAAUUGCAAGUGAUGGGAAUAGAUAAUUGAAUUACAGAUUAUACAAAAGUCAGUUACUGUUACAGAUGAUGAAAUCACAGCUAUGAAUCAAAAUGUCAGUGAUUCCGAAGGAGUGAUGUCCAAAUCUAUUAUUUUGAGGGAAAAGGCAUAGAUGUAGGAUAUAAGAGCUGAAUAUGUUCUGUCUGAAAAAAGAAAAGGGCUGUACCAUUAAUGCACUGUUUUAGUUUGUCAGUGUUUGUUUGCUUGUUUUUUGAAAAUAUAUUUUGCAGCUUUACUGGUUAAAAAGUAAUGAAAUAUAAUUAAUUAAAUUACUAUGACAAAGUAAUUAAUAUUUUACA